AUGACAUGCGAAAAGUGCCCGUCCGACAAGCCGGCCCCUGAGCCCGCCCCGGAUCACAACCAGCCCCUUGUUCGACGCGUUCUCCAGAUGUGCACGAGAUUCUUGCCUGAGGGAUCUGCGCUGCUUUCCUCAUCAUGCUGUUGGCUGCCGACGGUCCUCGAUUUUCUCUUUGCAGGGUCGGUUACCGCUGCUGGCGUGGAGUACCUUCGGAAUGCGCUCUUGGCAACCUCCAUCGUGGGACUUGUGUGGGGAGUGCGUCGUGAAGGAUUCUCUCGACGGAUGGUGUGGCGUAUCGUGAUCUGUUUCGGAUUGUUGGCAUGGGCGCAGUAUAAUCGGCGGACGCAGGUGGUGCGUCCUGGAUCGCAUAGUUGUCAUUAA